GGACAUGUGGAACUGGGAACUGAUUAUGGGAUGCACUCAAUUGUAAUCUGAUGCAUGUUCAAAUGAAAUAAAAGCAUUACCAUUAAUACCAUUACUAGAAUACGUUGUAUUUGCUGGCAAGCCAAGUUACGCCACUGACUCAGAAGCCGAGUACAACACUGCGGCACGGACAGAGAGAGAGAGAGAGAGAGGGAGAGAGAGGGAGAGAGAGAGACAUCAGGCUGUGGGUAUACUCUCUUCCAUGGACAUGUGCUACAUCUAGCUUUAGCAGCAAAAGUAUCGGCGGCUGUGGAGGCGACGGCACAGCCUGCCGCGUCCGUUUUAAGAGAUCCUUUUUUUUGUGUGUGUAAAAUAUAACUUACAUUUAAAUCUCUCUUUUGUGUCAUUCGGUGAUGAGCUUGCUGGGCGCCUAUAAGAAAAAGAGCAGUUACGAUGGCUAUGAAUCUUUGCAGUUGGUCGAUAGCGGCAGAGAUAGCUUCAAUACCGGCAGAGGAGGCGAAAGCACUACGUUUGGAGGCCCGGUAGCGGCUCCCCUCGGACCGAAGGCAGGCCCGCAGAGAGAGGAGGACUGCAGCACCAUGGACAGCUCAGAUAUGGAUGCUAACUAUGGCGGCGGACUGUUGGAUAUGGUGAAAGGUGGAGCUGGAAAGUUCUUCAGUAACUUUAAGGACAAUCUCAAGGACACGCUUAAAGACACUUCCACCAAGGUCAUGCACCAGGUUGCCACGUACACUAAAGGGGAGCUGGACAUUGCCUACAUCACGUCACGAAUCAUAGUGAUGACCUACCCAGCAGAGUCUGUGCAGAUUGGCUACCAGAACCACGUGGAGGACAUCCGAUCGUUCCUCGACAGUCGCCACGCAGACCACUACACUGUCUUCAACCUGUCACAACGCAACUACCGCGGCGCCAAAUUCUCCAACAGGGUUUCAGAGUGUAAUUGGCCUUCUCGUCAGGCUCCCAGCCUCCACAACCUCUUUGCUGUGUGCAAGAACAUGCACAACUGGCUAAAACAGAAUCCCAAGAAUGUUUGUGUCAUCACCUGCUCGGAUGGCCGUGCUCCAUCAGGCGUCUUGGUUUGUGCCAUGUUUUGCUUCUGCCACCUAUUUAGCAAUCCAGUUCCUGCCAUGCAGCUCCUCAGCGCCAAGAGACCAGGCUCGGGCCUCUGGCCUUCACACCGCAGGUACAUCGGCUAUGUCUGUAGCAUGGUGUCAGACAAGCCCAGUCUACCCCACACGAAGCCUCUUGUGAUCAAGGCUCUCACCAUGAGUCCAGUUCCCUGUUUCAACAAGCAACGGAGUGGCUGUCGACCCUUCUGCGAUGUCCUCAUUGGAGAAACCAAAAUCUUCACCACGGUACAGGAGUAUGAGAGAAUGAGAGAGCACAGAGUUCAGGAGGGGAAAGUGGUUUUUCCUCUUGGUGUCAGCGUUCAAGGCGAUGUCGUAGUUUCUGUCUAUCACAUGCGGUCCACGAUUGGGGGACGUUUGCAAGCCAAGGUGUCCAACACGCAAAUUUUCCAGAUCCAGUUCCACACUGGCUUCAUUUCUCCUGGAACGACCAUGUUAAAAUUUAACAAACCAGAGCUUGAUGCAUGUGACUCUCCGGACAAGUAUCCGCAGCUGUUUCAUGUCAUACUGGACGUGGAGGUGGAAGGACUAGACAAGCAGAAAGACCUGACGCCACCUUGGGAGCAGUUCCCAUCUAAAGACUUGAGUCCCAGUGUGCUCUUCUCCUGCCAUCAGGAACAUCAAGAUGCACUCGCCAUUGCUGAUGAGAUGGAGGGCUUGGAUUUGGAGGAGCCAAGCAGGCCACAUGGAGGCCCUGAUGGUCGAGGCCGUGGUGACGAGAGUGAGCCCUCUGAUGAUGAGAUGCUUUCUCUCUCCAGUCAGCGAAGUAGUACCAGCACAGCCCCCCACAAACCGGACCCGCCUACUCCAAAGCCGGUGGCCCCAGAUCCAUCCAGGGAUGUGGAUCUUCUCGGUUUGGAUGGAGAGGAGAUAAAGCAGCCGUGUCCUCCAUCCCAGCUUCCACCUUCCGCAGCGGCAACGACUGACCUCCUGGGGGACUUGUUUGGGGCUCCACCCCAGCCUACCAGCGGUCCUUCAUCUACGCAAUCCACCCCGCAUAAAAUAGCGCCCGGCUCUGCCUCGCCUUGUCCUUCCCCUGCCCCACCAGUGUUUGACCCAUUUGGGGCCAGUCCCAUGCCGAAGCCACAGGAGAUGAUGGGUUCAUUCCUUGGACCAGGUAACAUGGGGCAGCCGGACCCCUUCCUGCAUGCCGCUCGCUCUCCAUCCCCCACCCUGCAGCCCACAAGCUUUGGCCGCAGUUCACCCGUGCCACCUGCCACACCAACUGUCAACAUUCAGCAGCAAAAUGUCAUGGGAGGUUGGGAAUGGAACAGAACCGCCACCACAAGCACAGGAGGAGGUUUGGGAAUGGGCAGUCGAUCAGCCACUACUAGCCCGACGGGUUCAGUCCACAGCACACCCACUCAUCAAACCAAGCCAAACACUCUAGACCCUUUUGCUGACAUCGGCAAUCUCGGGGGAAGCCUCGGAGGAGGUUCUGGAUUCUCCAGCAAGCCCACUACACCAACAGGAACCACCCCUUCCUUUCCUCCCAUGGGCUCCCCUUCGCGGCCUCCUCCAUCUCCCCAGCAUGCAGGAGGAUGGCAGCCCCACUCAGGAGCUGGCUUCCCAUCAUGGCAGCCUAACGCCGGUCCUGGAGGAUGGCAACCACAAGGACAAGGCCCCACCCCGCAGCAGAAGCCCAGCCCCAGCCAUACGUCCAUGCCUCACACUUCCCCACAGAACCGACCCAACUACAAUGUUAGCUUCUCUGCAAUGGGGGGUGGAUCACCGAGUGCAGGGGCGAAAGCACAAACGGGAGUUGGCUCUAAGCCCAGGGCGUCAGAUGCCAACUUUGAUGACCUGCUGUCUGGUCAAGGCUUUGCAGGGACCAAAGACAAGAAAGGACCAAGGACUAUUGCCGAAAUGAGAAAAGAAGAAAUGGCCAAAGAGAUGGACCCUGAGAAAAUAAAGAUUCUGGACUGGAUCGAGGGGAAAGAGCGGAACAUCCGAGCCCUUCUUUCCACUAUGCAUACAGUGUUGUGGGAAGGGGAAACACGUUGGAAACCUGUAGGCAUGGCUGACCUGGUUACUCCAGAGCAGGUGAAAAAGGUCUACCGCAAAGCCGUCCUGGUCGUCCACCCGGAUAAGGCAACAGGACAACCUUAUGAACAAUAUGCCAAGAUGAUUUUCAUGGAGCUAAAUGAUGCCUGGUCCGAAUUUGAAAGUCAAGGUCAAAAAGCUCUCUACUGAAAAGGAAGUAAACAAUGAGAAGAUCCUGACAUGUCACCACCGCUGUCAACAACUGUUAUUCAUGCAGCCAUGCCGACUUCUCAACUCCUAAAGAUCCUGUUUCAACUGCCGAGUCCAGACUAACUGAUGGGCUCCUUUUUUUGACAGCGGCAUAGCCUCCUACUGUAAUCAUUCUGGUGCAAUAUCAUCAUCCCUCCUUGGGGGGUGUCCUCAGCUUUGACCAACUCACCCAUCAAAGCAGACACAAUGGGAUGUCUUUGUUUUGAACUGAAGACAUCAAACUAGAAGACAAGACAGAGGGCACAGAAGAUAAGAGAAAAAGACGUCAUGAAUGAGAUGAACGAGUGUGAGAUGAAGCAUUUAACAGCAAUGAAGCCCACAAUACAAACUAAAACCAUGUAUGCUACAUUAAGUGUUCCCAUUAUUAUUAUUAUUAUUAUUAUUAUUGGCUAUAAAUCCCAAGUUUCAGUCUUUAAUCAACUAUGAAGACUUAAGUGUAAUAAGUCCACACCACAAAUGACAUCAUUUUGAAGUGAUAACCCCAAUCCUUGUGCUUCUGUGUGUUGGCUUUGAAGCCUCAUGUAUUGACACUCACAUAAUAAUAACUAUAGGGGUGUUAUUUCAUGUCUAUGGGGCUCUAACAAUGGUAAAAAACAUUAGUAAACAAUUGUAAUAAUAAUAAUAAUCGAUUUUCAGGGGUUGCUAUGGCGGAGUUUGGAGAAAGCACACAUUUUUAACAGGGCUUGGAGCUUGGAAUGAAGGCCAAAAGAAGGAAAGAAGGCUUUUGGAUCAUUUAUUGAAAAUAUUGAAGUAGUAUUUCUGUGUUGAGCCUUCUGAUGGCUGCAAUAGUUCUCUACAGAAACUACAGAAAUUACGUCUGGUUGCUCCCCUGCGCUUGUUAUAAUGCAAUAAAAAAAAUUUUUAUUAUGAUUUUUGUUUCAGGUAUCAAUGUGUCGAACGGUACUGUAAACAAUUCAAUGACAUGUAUUUCAAUAUUUAUUACUUGAUGCCAUGAGUUUACCUUUGAUGAUAGUUUUUAAUCACAGCACUGACACUUUUAUUUUUGUAAUAAUACUCAUGCAGGAACAGCAGCAAUGCAUGUCAAAUUUUGGCGGAAAUAUCGGAGACACCGAUUUUAUGCCCCCCCAUUUCCUGGCUUCUCGUACAAAUUUUUAGGGACUUUUAAUUGCAGUUUGGUGAUUUUACGCCUGCUGUCAUUUAAAAAGGAAAUCACUACUAUUACUGUUAUGCUUAUUUAGCCGAAAAGGUUUACAACCUUUCUGUCAUUUGUUGGAAUUGAAUGUUUUUAAGACUGACGGAAAUAAUGAAAUCUGGGAUCCGAAAUGGUUUUGACUAUUAUGAACUGCAGUGGACACUCAACAAGAGAAGAGUUAAACACUGGGAAAAAAACUGUGAAAUAACUGCAGACAGAGGAAGUGCACUGUGUGCGCUUCUGUGCUGUACUGACACUGAGGACCUUGAGUAUGUACAAAAAAAAAAAAACCUCAUAAGCUCUUUUUUGCUGACCGUAUUGUCCCACUACAGUCUUAAUAGUAGGCUAUAAACAAUAACCCCUGUGUUGUACUCAGUGGAUGUGUGUUAUUUAGAUUACUGUAUGUAUGAAAGUGAUUUGGACUAUUGUAUGUUAUGUGUUUGCCUGUCUGCAAAGUAUCACUAAACUGUAAAAUACCCUGUGUUUACUUUCAUUUCAUGUUACUGUCAUAAUACUCAUUUGAGCCGUUAUUUUGGGUUUUUAUGAAUCAUAAUAGUAGCUGCAAAUUUAUCUAAUCUGUGGAACUGUUUGGAAAAUUGGAAAAAGUUCGGACUCAACACCCUUGUACAAAGUAACACCUUAAUCGCUGGUAGAAAUGUCACGGAUUGAAGUUCUUCACGAAUAGUGACGCCGGAUAGACAUUUGAGAUUCAUCUUUUUAGGUUUAACAGUGGAAUUGAUGCAAAAAUAUGCAAUAACUCUCAAAACUGUCUACUUCCCUUUUGUGUCUACUGACAAUUAUAGUCCUAGUCCCUCUCAGAACAGGAUGAGGGGUCUCCUUUCAUGUGGUUGCUUCAGUUAUAUGGAGGAGGUGCGACUCCAGAUUAUAAUACAGUAAACCUCGGAUAUAUCGGAUUCAAUUGUUCCCACUGGUUUUGUCCGAUAUAAGCGAAAU